AUGACAAAUCACAGCAACAGCAACAACAGUAUGGAUCUUGGUACCGAGAAGAGGGGCGCUGAGAUUGCUAUCAACAAAGGAAAGUAUAAGGGGAAAUUCGGCUGGGUGGACCUAUCCCGCGGAGAGAAUGGCUUUUCUUCUACACGCAAAAGUGUCUACGUCAUUUAUUGCGAGGACGGCACCACAGUUGCAGCACCCAACCAAAUUCGCGCCAAGAGUAUCGAUUACCAGAACUGGCAUUCCAAGGCAACAGUGGGCUCCAAUUUCUUAGUUCGUAACCCAAAAGUUGGCCAGAAAGUCUCUGAGCUCUGCGACUUGAUGCGAGCAGUCAACUAUGCCAGUAACGAGGACAAGGCAGAGAUGAUGGGAUAUGUCCUCCAAGUCAUCGAUGCAAAGAUGCGAGCUCCAAAAUCAGCGUAG